AUGACGCCCAACGUGACGCCGUCCCAGACGGCCUUGACGUCUUACCUGCUGGGCAACCUGCAUUGCCCGUCGUGCGUCGCCGCGAUCCGCAGCCUGCUGGCCGACACCUAUGGCGAUAAGAUUAAAUGGGUGUCGCCGAACCUCGUCACCUCGGUCGUAACGGUCGAGCACCUGGCCACCAUACCCGGCAUGGUGCAGAGCAUGGCCAAGACCCUGGAAGACGGCGGCUUCGAAGUCUGCGCCGUCGACUCGUCCGUCGAUAGCACCGAGGACAGCGUCACCAUUGUUGAUCACGGCGACGGUAAACUCAUCGCCCCUCAGCAAGACAGCGCGCUUAAUGUCUUUUCAUGGCUCUGGAAGUCCCGGUCCUCCCCAUCGGUAGAGGCGGCCCGCGCCGCCCAUCUCAAGAAUUGCGAGGUCUGCCGGCGCGGCGAAGACCACGACGAUGCUCCUUCAAGACGGACGUCGAUAUCACCCCGCACGGCGGUGACUCCCGCUUUGCCGGCUGCCCUCGCCGGCGUUGUCGUCGCCGGCUCGGACGGCGCGGAGUCGUCGGCCGGACCAUGGCGUGCGACCCUUUCCAUCGGCGGCAUGACGUGCGCCGUCUGCACAAACACAAUCACUAGCGAGAUGGAGAAGCGGCCGUGGGUGUCGAGGGUCGUUGUCAACCUCGUGGGAAACAGCGCCGUCGUCGAUUUUCUCGAGCCGGACCGCGAGCAGGACAUUGUCGAGGGCAUCCAGGACCUGGGCUACGACGCCACGCUCGACAAGGUGCAGGAUCUCGGUCGGGAAGGCAGCGCAGCGACGGACGGCGCGCGCGAGGUCGAGAUCAAGAUUGACGGCAUCUUUUGCCCCCGCUGCCCUGACAGAGUCUACGCGACGAUGAAGAGCUUCGGCACCAAGCACGUCGACGUUCUUAAGAAGCCGACCAUUAACCGUCCAUUCCUCAAAGUCCGCUACACACCAGCGUCUCCUACCUUUACCAUUCGCCAUAUUCUCAAGGCCAUCGAGGCGACCGACCCGUCGCUGCAAGCCUCCAUCUAUCACCCCCCUACACUGGAGGAGCGGUCCAGGGCUAUUCGUGCAAAGCACCAGCGCGCUCUGCUUUGGCGCUUGAUUCUGGCUCUCGUUCUUGCCGUGCCGACCCUCGUCUUUGGCAUCAUCUACAUGAGUCUCGUGCCCGACUCAAAUCCGACCAAGCACUUCCUGAUGAAGCCGUGGGUCUCGGGCCUCAGCCGUCUGGAAAUCAUACUCUUUGCGCUCUCGACGCCCGUCUACUUUUUCGGCGCCGACAUUUUCCACACGCGCGCCAUGAAAGAAGUCUGGACCAUGUGGCGGAGCGGUAGCCGCACGCCGCUCGCGCAGCGUUUCUACAAGUUUGGCAGCAUGAACUUACUCAUCUCGCUCGGCACCACGAUUGCCUACUUUUCCUCGAUUGCGCAGAUGAUUGCGGCGGCCGUCAAUCAUGACGUCGACGUGCCCGCGGACCGCUUCUACUUUGACUCGGUCGUCUUUUUGACGCUGUUUCUGCUCGCGGGCCGGCUGAUUGAGGCGUACAGCAAGUCAAAGACGGGCAGCGCGGUCGAAGCCCUGGCGAAGCUGCGUCCCUCGACGGCGCUACUCGUCGAGGAGAGGGCGGGCGGCGCCACGAUGACGACGACGAUUCCCCUGGACCAGCUGGAGCAUGGCGACAUCAUUCGAGUCCCGCACGGCGCUUCACCUGCCGCCGAUGGCAUCAUUCUGACUGGCGAGAGCAACUUUGACGAGUCUAGUCUUACUGGUGAAUCACGCCCGAUCAAAAAGAACAAAGGUGACGAGGUCUAUGCCGGCACUGUGAACAAGGGGGCCGCGGUUACAAUUCGUGCCACAGGCACGUCCGGGAAGUCGAUGCUGGACCAGAUUGUCGAUGUCGUACGUGAAGGUCAGACGAAGCGCGCGCCCGUCGAGCAAAUCGCCGACCUCAUGACAUCGUACUUUGUGCCCGUUGUCACGCUCAUUGCCGUCGUAACCUGGGCCGUCUGGAUGAUUCUGGUGCAGACUGGCAAGGUCUCGGGCGAGGAGACGAAUACGCCGAGCGGACGUAUUGCGUUUGCGUUUCAGUUUGCUAUCGCCGUCUUUGUCGUGGCCUGCCCUUGUGGCCUGGGUCUCGCCGCGCCCACGGCGAUUUUCGUCGGUGGCGGCAUCGCCGCUAACCACGGCAUCCUCGUCAAGGGCGGCGGCGAAGCGUUUGAAAAGGCGAGCCGGAUCGACUGCGUCGUCUUUGACAAGACGGGCACGCUGACGGUCGGUGGCGAGCCCCAGAUUACCGACUCGGCGAUGCUGCCCGACGGCGCGGUCGACGUGCCCGAGUCCACCAUCCUCUCGGGCCUCAAGGCCAUUGAGCAGAACAGCACGCACCCCAUUGCGAAAGCCAUUGUGGCGUUUUGCGGCGCCGAGCGAUCCGCCGCAAACCUCGAUGACGUGGAGGAGGUCCCCGGAAAGGGCAUGAAGGCGGCGUUUCGGGAUGAGUCGCUCAGCAUCGCCGUCGGCAACGAGGCUCUCAUACGCGACCUCGACGUGGCCGUGUCGGACCGCACCCGCGCCACGCUCAACACAUGGAAGACGGAGGCCAAGUCGGUCGCGCUCGUCGCCGUCCAAAAGGAAGACACGGCGGCGUGGCGCCUCGCCGCGAUCCUCGCCGUGUCGGACCCCAUCCGCGCCGAGACGGUGCCAGUCGUCCGGGCCCUGCAACAGCGUGGCACCCAGGUCUGGAUGCUCUCUGGCGACAAUUUGACCACGGCGCGCGCCGUCGCCCACCUCAUCGGCAUCCCCGCCGACCGCGUCCUCGCCGAAGUGCUACCGUCGGAAAAGGCGGACCGCGUGCGCUAUCUCCAAGCCACGGCCGGGGGAGGGUCAAGCGGCAGCGGCCGGGCUAUGGUGGCCAUGGUCGGAGACGGCAUCAAUGACUCGCCCGCGCUGACGACGGCCGACAUUGGCAUCGCCAUUGGCUCCGGCAGCGACGUGGCGAUCUCCAGCGCCGACUUUGUGCUCGCGAGCUCGCAGCUCACCGCCGUCCUUGUCCUCUUGGACCUCUCCAGGGUCGUCUUUCGCCGCAUCAAGAUGAAUUUUGGCUGGGCGCUCGUCUACAACAUGGUGGCGCUGCCGAUUGCGGCGGGCUGUCUGUAUGCGGUCAAGACGAGCAGCGGCGCGCACGUCAAGCUGGAUCCCGUCUGGGCGAGCCUGGCCAUGGCGCUGUCGAGUUUGUCGGUCGUGCUGAGCAGUUUGAGCCUCCGCAGCGGAAUCCCGUUUGUGGGGUUUCGCGCAAAGAGGGUGGUUGUUGAGUAA